CUGUAAGUCAGACCACACUACUAGUACUAUGGGAGAUAGUGAUGAUGACUACGAUCGUCGGCGGCGCGACAAAUUCCGUCGAGAGAGAAGUGAUUACGGACGUGAAGAUCGCAGGGGUCGGGACUGGGCACGCGACAGAGGACCAAGGGACUUCAGUAAUCGGGGUGGAUAUGUGGACAGGAGAAGAGAGAGGUUUAGUCCACCAAGGGGAGACACCAAUAUCAGUCCACCGCCAAAGCGUAUGCGCCGUGACUGGGACGAUGUAGGCGCCGGGCCAGUGGGAGUGGCCGGCGGAGGCUACUAUGAAGGAGGAGGUGGUUACGGAAAUUAUCAGCACACCUGGAGUGGACAGCCAGAGUACCAACAGCGUCCGCAGAGGGAGAUGGGCGAUUCGAGCCAGAUUCCGCUAAUGUCCUUCAAGCAGUUUGUGCUUGCACAGGAGGAUGACGUGGACGAUGAGAUAGCUGUGCAGCGCUACAAGGACUACAAGAUAGAGCACAGACGACAACAGCUGUCAGAGUUCUUUGUCGCACACAAGGACGAGGAAUGGUUCAAGGUGAAGUACCACCCGGAGGACUCGACGCGUCGGCAGGAGGAGGUGUUCGCGGGCGUGAGGAACCGGCUGCAGGCGUUCAUGUACCUGCUGGAGACAAAGUGGCUGGAAAGCAUCAUGCUGGACAUCGACAAGCCGGACGACAUUAUCCGCCUGCUCGACGCAGCUGUAAUUAAAAUGGAGGGUGGAACAGAUACUGAUCUGAAGAUCCUCGACAUGGAGUCGGAAGAUGAGGAGGAAGGUGAAAAGGCCUCAGAAGAGUCUUCCUCUAGUGAGGAAGAAGAGGAGGAAGAUGAAGAGGAGAAGAAAAAGAAAGGAUCAACUGGACAUCCAGAAGAACCAGCAAAAGUAAAAGAUGGAAAUGGACAUGACAUCAAAAGAAAGAGAAUUGCAGAAAAAGGCUAAAGAGUUUCUAAA